CAUACCACCUAGAUGGACAACGUAGUCAACCUUUUUUAUGGAGGAAGUGUGAAGGAAGAUGAGUUUUGGAAUGUUAGUUUUGUUGGAAUGCAAAGGGUUCCUCUCAUGUUCGAUGAUCGGCCAUUAUUUUCUGAGGUGCUUAGCAGUGCUCGUGAUGAGCUUAAGUGCAAUGCUAAUGAGGAUGACAUCUCAGUUGAGGGGGUACUUCACUAUGGUAAAUCGGGUCGUAUUUUUAGGCGGUUGGUCCCCAUUGCAUCAGAGGCUCAAUGGGACAAAUAUGUGAAAACUGUGAUGAAGAAUGACUUUCAAUGUUUGGAUUUGGUAGUACGGAAGUUGUCCAAUAAUCUCUCCAUUCAUGGGUAUGCAUCCCCUAAUGGACGUUCACCCACUCAUGAGUUGUUGCCAGAACGAGAUAAUCUGCCAAUCCUUGAGCCUCUAUUACCGAACCGCGAGGUGGAUGGGGAAGAUGUGGUUGCGGUGCCUGAUGCUCAAUCUGCUCCGGAUGAGGUUGGUGUAUGUCCUAGUGUACGUGCCUCAUUUGGCGCUGCUGAUGGUUUUGCUACCCCUCAGGAGAUUCCUUUGACCCAGAAUCAUCCUAGAGACAAUCCUGAUAAUGAUGGUUGUGCCCCUAUUCGUCCAUCAACCAACAUGGACCCAGGGUUUAUAGCCUCUAACAGCGUGGAUGUUGAGAUUGUGGAUGAUGAGGAGCCUUAUGGCACAGCAAGGGCUGUUCAUUGUGAUGAUGACCGUCCCGUUCCAAAUUUGAGUGAACAAGAAAUGGAGCUCAUCAGACGUUUUUGUCCUGAUCGUGAUCCACUCAUUCUUGAGUUUAGCUCCCUUAGUCAUUCACAAAAUGCUUAUGGUCAAGGAAGAGAUGAUGAGUUGGUAGAGGCUCCUGAGCCAGGCGAUAGUGUGGAGAUUCAGAAGGGCAUGGUCUUCAAGGACUUGCACGCUUUAAGGAGGUGGUUACAGGACUAUUCUGUGAGACGUAAAAGACCUUUCAAGGUGAGGCACUCCUAUGUGGAGCGCCGUUACACGGUGGUGUGUGAAAUGGCGGAUUGCAAUUGGAGGGUCUGUGCUUGCAAACAAAAGGCCACAGGGAAGUUUAAGAUCACCAGAAUUGUUGGUCCACAUACUUGUGCUCAGACGGAUUUACAACAGAAGCACCGCCAGUUGACCUCUACCCUCAUUGCCAGCGCGUUGUACACAACUUUGAAGGAACAACCAAACUUGAAGGUUAGGACAAUUAUGGACAUGGCUCGGAAAAUUUUCAAGUAUGACAUAAAGUAUGGUAAGGCAUGGAGGGCAAAGCAACGAGCCUGGAAGAUGAUAUAUGGGGACUGGGAGGAGGGGUAUGAACAGUUGCCAGCAAUGUUCAAUGCAAUGAAAGUAGCAAAUCCAGGCAUGCAUUAUGAGUAUAUCCCAAGGCCGAAUGAAUGGAAGGAUGGGAGGCAGAUAUUCUUUCGAGCAUUUUGGUGCUUUCCUCAGUGCAUUGAGGCCUUCAGGCAUUGUCGUCCGGUGUUAUCCAUUGAUGGUACAUUUUUGCUUGGCAAGUACAUGGGCACACUUUUGGUAGCCAUUUCCUGUGACGCGGACAAUGCAUUGGUUCCUUUAGCUUUUGCUCUAGUGGAGAGAGAGAACAAAGAUAGUUGGGGCUGGUUCAUGCGGCUUGUUAGGAUACAUGUCAUUGGCCCUCAUAGGGAGGUUGGUGUCAUAUCUGAUAGACACCAAGGAAUACUCAGUGCAGUACAAGAGCAGAUUCCGGGGUAUGCACCAUUGCACCACCGUUGGUGCACUCGACACCUUGCAGAGAAUUUACUUCGGAAGGAUGGAACCAAAGAUAACUUUCCCCUUUUCGAGGAGGUUGCCCGCAUGCUUGAGGUUAAAUUCUUUGAGGAGAAGUUGGAGCAGCUACGAACGACAACGAACGUAGAAGUGCUGCAUUUGGAAUGA